AUGUCCGCUAGAUCAUCGCAUGAUAUCCAGCAAGACUUGACCAUCUCCGCAAAUGAGGAGAAAAGUGGACCCAGUCAGGCUGCCAACUCUCCCGUUCCUGAACAAUUCCUUCCGCUAGGGAAUGAGAAGGGUGAUGAAGAAGUAGGCCUUGGCCCCGAAGCACAAAAGGAAUUGUCGAAAACCCCGACGAAUGUUAGCCAUGUUGGCGCACUGGCCAGUAGAACCUUGACCCUAGUCCGCACCCGAGAGUCUGGAAGGGACCUGGGACCUCCCCCCGAUGGCGGCUUCAAGGCAUGGUCUCAAGUAGCCUUGGCUCAUUUUGUCAUCUUCAACACCUGGGGCUACAUCAAUAGUUUUGGUGUGUUCCAAACCUACUAUACCGAGACACUAGGUCGCACCCCGUCCGAUAUCUCCUGGGUAGGCAGUAUCCAGAUCUUCUUACUCUUCUUCGUCGGCACCUUCUCUGGACGCGCAACCGACGCCGGAUAUUUCAAAGCCAUUCUGACCGUUGGGGCUGUCCUGGAAUUAUUUUGCAUCUUUAUGACCUCCCUGUGCACGCAGUAUUGGCAGCUGUUCCUGGCUCAGGGCGUUGGUCAGGGCAUCGGUUGUGGACUGAUGUUCUGCCCGACCAUUGCCCUGAUGCCGACUUACUUUACCAAAAACCGAGCGAUUGCGAUCGGAAUCGUGGCCUCGGGCUCUGCCACCGGCGGCCUGGUUUUCCCGGCGGUCGUCAUGCGACUCCUCCCUCAAAUCGGAUAUGGCUGGACCAUGCGGACCCUGGGGUUCAUCUCUUUGGCGACGCUGAUUCCGUGCCUGGUGUUUCUCCAGCAACGACUGCCUCCGCGUCGCAGCGGACCACUCGUCGAGUGGGGGGCGUUCAAAGAGGCGCCCUAUGCUUUGUUCGCCCUGGGGAUGUUCCUCAACUUCUGGGGCCUCUAUGUAGGGUUCUUCUACAUUGGCAGCUUCGCCCGCAACAUCAUCGGGGUUUCCAACUCAACGUCGAUCGACGUCCUUCUAGUCAUGAAUGGUGUUGGUCUGCUGGGCCGGUUGAUUCCCAACCUGAUGGCCGAUCGGUACACGGGACCCUUGAACAUGCUGAUCCCGUUCAGCCUGGUGACAGGAGUGGUCGCGUUCUGCUGGGCUGCGGUUCACACUUACGACGAGAUGUAUGCCUUCAGUGCGUUCUAUGGGCUGGCAGCAGCAGGAAUCCAGUCACUCUUCCCGGCCACCCUGAGCACGCUUACCACGGAUCUGAAGAAGACCGGAGUGAGAAUGGGCAUGGUGCUCAGUGUAGUGGCUGUGGCUGCGCUGAUCGGUACCCCCAUUGCCGGGGCACUGGUCGAUCGGGAUGAUGGGCAAUAUCUGUAUGCGCAGAUGUUCAUGGGCAGUGCGAUUCUAGCGGGGACGCUGACCUUGAUUGCGGCGAGAGUGACGAAGUUGGGGCUGACCUGGCAACGAGCGUAG